CAUGGAUGUACUUCCAUGGAAACUCUUAUACUCCCUUGGGAGCAGUAAAAGUGAAAGUGUUCAGUGACUUUGCUUCAGUAGCCAUUUUCACUGCGGAGCACAACGACAGAAAAAGGUCAGAACCAGAACCAGAGACAGAGGACUGAGUCUCUGGGACCCAGCGUUCUCUGUGAAGAGUGACCAGUCUGUGGAUACACCUGUAAUCUUCAGUCAUGAACCUGGAGCCUCAGAGAGAAACAGAUGUUGGUCUGCAGGAGGUUCUAGAUGAACAUAAGAUCAGUCUGAGGAGGAGAUUUGAACAUGUGACUGAAGGAACUGAUGGAAGGGGAAGUAGAACCCUCCUGAACAGGGUCUUCACUGAGCUCUACAUCACAGAAGGACAGCGUAAAGUGGUCAGUACUCAAGGGACAACCUCCAAGAAGGAGAUCAUCCAAGACACUCCCAUCAAGUGCUGCGACAUCUUUAAAGCCUUACCUGACCAGCAGGGGCGCAUCAGAGUCGUCCUGACCAACGGCGUCGCUGGUGUUGGAAAAACCUUCUCGGUGCAGAAGUUCACUCUGGACUGGGCUGAGGGUUUGGAAAACCAGGAUGUGAAUCUGCUGAUUGUGCUUCCGUUCAGGGAGCUGAACCUGAUCAGAGACCAGCAGCACAGUCUUCUCACGCUGCUCCAUGUUUUCUAUCCAACAUUACAGAAGGUCAGUGCAGAGAAGCUCGCUGUCUGUAAACCUUUGUUCAUCUUUGAUGGCCUGGAUGAAAGCAGACUCUCACUGGACUUCAACAGCAGGACGCUGGUUUCUGACGUCACACAGAAGUCGUCAGUCAGCGUGCUACUGACCAACCUCAUCCAGGGGAAUCUGCUUCCCUCGGCUCUCAUCUGGAUAACUUCCCCACCUGCAGCAGCCAAUCAGAUUCCUCCUACAUGUGUUGACAGGGUAACAGAAGUACGAGGCUUCACUGACGACCAGAAGGACGAGUACUUCAGGAAGACAUCCAGAGAUGAAGAUCUGUCCAGCAGAAUCAUCUCACACAUCAAGACGUCCAGGAGCCUCCACAUCAUGUGUCAAAUCCCAGUCUUCUGCUGGAUCAGUGCUACAGUUCUAGAGCACAUGUUGACCACAGAUCAGAGAGGAGAGCUGCCCAAGACCCUGACAGACCUGUACUCGCACUUCCUGCUGGUUCAGACAAAGAGGAAGAAGAACAAGUACGAUAAAGAGAUGAGUCCACAGGAUCUGAUGGAGCCUGACAGGGAAGUUCUUCUGAAGUUGGCGAGGCUGGCCUUUGAACAGCUGCAGAAAGGAGACCUCAUGUUCUACCAAGAAGACCUGGAGCGGUGUGGUCUUAGUGUGUUAGAGGCCUCGGUGUACUCAGAGAUCUUCAGAAGAGAGAGUGUGAUCUUCCAGAAAUCAGUCUACUGCUUUGUUCAUCUGAGCGUUCAGGAGUUUCUGGCUGCAGUCUACAUCUUCCACUGUUUCACCAAAAGGAAGACAGAGGUACUGCAGGACUUCUUCAGGAAAAAAGAUGGUGGUGGUGGUUACACUUCUCUGAAUUUGUUCCUGAAAGAAGCCAUGAAGAUGUCAUUUGAAAGUGAAAAUGGUCACCUGGACCUGUUUGUUCGCUUCCUUCAUGGACUCUCUCUGGAUUCCAACCAGAGACUCUUAAGAGGGCUGCUGGGUCAGACUCAGAACAGUCCGAAAAUCAUCCAGAGAAUCAUCAAGAACCUGAAGGAGAUGAAAACAAACAGCAUCUCACCUGACAGAAGCAUCAACCUCUUCCACUGUCUGACAGAAAUGAACGACCAAUCAGUGCAUCAGGAGAUCCAAGAGUUCAUGAAGUCAAAGGACAGAGGACAGAGACUCUCUGAGAUCCACUGCUCGGCUCUGGCCUACAUGCUGCAGAUGUCUGAGGAGGUUCUGGAUGAGUUGGACGUAAACAAGUACAACACAACAAAGGAGGGAAAACACAGAUUGAUUCCUGCUGUGAGGAACUGCAGGAAGGCUGUGUUGAGUGGCUGCAGAUUGUCAGAGAUCAGCUGUUCUUCUCUGGCCUCAGUUCUGAAGUCCAACUCCUCCCACCUGAGAGAACUGGACCUGAGUGGGAACUAUAAUCUGCAGGAAUCAGGAGUGAAGCUGCUGUGUUCUGGACUGGAGAGUCCACAUUGUAGACUGGAGACUCUGAAGUUGAGUAACUGCAGUUUGUCAGAGAUCAGCUGUUCUUCUCUGACCUCAGUUCUGAAGUCCAACUCCUCCCACCUGAGAGAACUGGACCUGAGUGGGAACCAUCUGCAGGAUUCAGGAGUGAAGCUGCUGUGUUCUGGACUGGAGAGUCCACGUUGUAGACUGGAGACUCUGAAGUUGGGUGGGUGCAGUUUGUCAGAGAUCAGCUGUUCUUCUCUAGUCUCAGUUCUGAAGUCCAACUCCUCCCACCUGAGAGAACUGGACCUGAGUGGGAACCGUCUGCAAGAUUCAGGAGUGAAGCUGCUGUGUUCUGGACUGGAGAGUCCACGUUGUAGACUGGAGACUCUGAAGUUGGGUUACUGCAGUUUGUCAGAGAUCAGCUGUUCUUCUCUGGCCUCAGUUCUGAAGUCCAACUCCUCUCACCUGAGAGAACUGGACCUGAGUGGGAACCAUCUGCAAGAUUCAGGAGUGAAGCUGCUGUGUUCUGGACUGGAGAGUCCACAUUGUAGACUGGAGACUCUGAACUUGAGUGGCUGCAGUUUGUCAGAGAUCAGCUGUUCUUCUCUGGCCUCAGUUCUGAAGUCCAACUCUUCCCACCUGAGAGAACUGGACCUUGAUAAGAACCCUCUGCAGGAUUCAGGGGUGAAGCUGCUGUGUUCUGGACUGGAUAGUCCACAUUGUAGACUGGAGACUCUGAAGUUGAGUUACUGCAGAUUGUCACAGAUCAGCUGUUCUUCUAUGGCCUCAGUUUUGAAGUCCAACUCCCACCUGAGAGAAGUGGACCUGAGUGGGAACCCUCUGCAGGAUUCAGGAGUGAAGCUGCUGUGUUCUGGACUGGAUAGUCCACAUUGUAGACUGGAGACUCUGAAGUUGCGUUACUGCAGAUUGUCAGAGAUCAGCUGUUCUUCUAUGGCCUCAGUUUUGAAGUCCAACUCCCACCUGAGAGAACUGGACCUGAGUGAGAACCCUCUGCAGGAUUCAGGAGUGAAGCUGCUGUGUUCUGGACUGAAGAGUCCACAUUGUAGACUGGAGACUCUGAAGUUGCGUUACUGCAGAUUGUCAGAGAUCAGCUGUUCUUCUAUGGCCUCAGUUUUGAAGUCCAACUCCCACCUGAGAGAACUGGACCUGAGUGGGAACCCUCUGCAGGAUUCAGGAGUGAAGCUGCCAUGUUCUGUACUGGAUAGUCAACAUUGUAGACUGGAGACUCUAGAGUUGAGGGGUUGCAGUUUGUCAGAGAUCAGCCAUUCUUCUCUGGCCAUAGAUCCCAUCGCCUUCGAACAGGGAGGACUGGACUGUAGCUCGGAGAAUUGGAUGAGUUCAGGAGUGAGUCCAGAUGACAGACUGAAGAUUCAGAGAGUUCACAAAGUGAUGGAAGAACUUACUGUAGACGACACAUGUGACUCUGAAGACCAACUGGACCCAAGCACAGCAGACUCAGCGCUGGAUGAGUCAAAGGAGUCCGACCUGACGAAGCCUCCAUCAAUCUUCACACCUGAGCUGCAGACUGAAUGUACCAAAAUCACUUACAGGUUCAGGUGUCCUGGUCCAGGUGUGUUCCAGUGCACUCUGACUGGACUGGUGUUUGUUGUGGAUCAGGAGGCGGGGCUGCUCUACAGGAUCGUCCGAUGGGACGAGCGCAUAUUCCAAUUAGCUGCUGGCAAGAUGGCUGCAGGGCUGCUGUUCGAUAUCCAGUGUCCUGAGGGUGGCCUCAGUGAGCUCCACCUGCCUCACUCUGUGAGCAAGGAAGCGCUACGACCCGACCUGCUGUCUGUCAGCUCUGACGGAAUGUACACGAUGGAGCCACUGAAGGUCAACGACACUCACGUGAUCGUGAAGCUCCCUCAUCUGACCCCCUUCGGCGUGAUCUACAACUUCUUCAUCCGCUCCUUCACCAUAAACGGCCAAGUUCUGCUUUUCCUCCGACCGCCGAACACUCGAUUUCGAAUUCUUGACAUCGUUCUGCUGCAGGAUAGCAUCCCGUUAGCAGAGGUAAAAUCUCAACAAUGUGGAGCAGAAUUUAUCAACAUCUCAGGUGAGUGUCCGCUGAUCCAUGGUCAGAGUUACAGUGUCCACAGUGACUGCAAGGAGGCCUUCAUUCAGCCUUCAGUGAGUCCACACACGCACAGACACUUCAGCCACCUCUACACAGACACACACACACACACACACACACUUCAACCCCCUCUACACACGUGUGGUUUUCAGGAAUACAGCUUCCGCUUGAAGUACGGACCAAAUUUCCUCCCAACCUUUGAGGUUUUACUGCCUCAAGAAUGCGACGAAGUAACUUUGAUCCUCCAGAAAGAUGAUGAAAUGAGGGAAGUCGUCUGGGAACGUAAAGUUUCUCUGCCAGGUCAACUGCAAGCUGCAGCAAGGAACCUCGAACAGGGCAAGGUCUCAGAGGAGAAGCUCCACGGGUGUCGAGUCGAGUUUAUCGAUCGCAUGUCUUCACCCAAUCUCGACCAUGUUCUGGACGAACUCUACAGUUGUGGUGUCAUAAGUAAUCACGAGAGGGAGGAGGUCGCAGGCGAGAAAAUACGUGAAAAAGCACGGAAGAUGGUGGACAUAGUGCUGAAGAAGGGAGAUGAAGCCUGCUCACAUCUGAUCGAUCUUGUCCGUAGGGUGGACCCGUGUCUCUCCAGAAAACUCAAUCUAUGAGGACCAUUCGCUGUAUGACACACUCUCAAAUCUCCUGGCACAAAGUGUGAGGAGCAUAUUGUUCUACUUCAGAUUAUUGUUUUUCUCUGCUGAUUCUUGCAUUUUUGAGGGGGUGAACAUGCAGAAAGAAACUCUUGAAAGUUGGGAAGGAGGUCAGGUGUUUAAAAAAAAUGCCAAAGUGGCAUCAGUGGCUCGGACCCACAAUGAAGGGAAAAGUGUCCUUAGAUUGGGACGAAACUCAGUGCCGUUAAUGUUCUGUGAUGUUUUCUAAUUCCCACUAACACCACUAACCUUAAAAUAAAAAUCCACAAAAACGGGCGAAAAAAACCCAAAACCACAAAAGUUUUAAAUGCAGCAGCGUCUGCAUGUUUUUUCUGUGGGUUGAACACUAGACGGUGGAGUCUACAAAUCAGACAAGUCUUUUUUUUUUUUUAAGGCCAAAUUAAAUCAUUUAUUCUGUUAAAAUAUUUUAAUACAUUUUGUUUCAAACUUUUUUGUGUUUGACGUCUCGUCUGUAACAAAUCACACUGAUAAAAAUGUGUGAUGCUCGUUAAUGACUGAUUUAUUUUUAUUAAAAAAACCCAAUCACAUCCAAAGUGCUUUUGUCAGGAUUUGAAUCCGUGUUUGUUAUUAAUAACAACUCAGACUAAUAAAGAUGAGAGCAGCUCA